AUGACUGCUGAUGCACGAAAAAGUCAAUUACAUCAUCGUUAUGCUCAUCAUGAAGGCUAUUUUCGUAUAGGAAGAUCGAUUUACCAUAUUUUAACUGUAAAUCCAACACUGACACUCGUCUUUAUCGUCAUACUUUAUUUUCAAUUAAUGGAUUUCAUCUUAUAUUUUAAAAUUCGUACCAGAGGGCCAUUGAACUUAAGUGGAAACGAUAUUUUUUCUUCAGUACCAACAAUAAUUCUACUCAACUCUACAAACUCAACAUUUUCAUCUUCAUCGUAUUUAUCAUCGUUUGUCCAAAAGCUCACAGCGAAAUACAUCAAUAAUUCUGCAACAACAUCAGAAUCAGUCGAAAUUUAUAAUCCAUUGUCAAUCAAGAAAAUUAUGGUCGGACAUAUCAUUCAUUACAUCCGAGCACCGUUAGCUGAGCACGUGGAGCAAACACUUCACUUCACCGAUCAUUUUCCGUAUAUAUCAUCUAAUACAGUAUCAUUUUUUCAUUGCUUUUUAUCAUUAAUUUCCAUUAAAUUUUUAUCAAACAAUUUAUUAACUCAUCGACAGGUUGGUGUUAUUUUAUUUCUAAUAAGAAAUUUUUUGGAUUGUCUUGACGGUGUUGUUUAUCGUGCACAUCUUAAAAAUAAACGCUACAAAUCGUAUUAUGGUUCGUUUGGCUACUAUGUAGAUGCUUUGAGUGACAUAAUCGGUGGAACGUGUUUAAUUCUUAGUUGUCUAUUUUAUUUUUUUAAAAAUCCACCAUUUUGUACGUCAAAUAUAACAUUAUUAUCUCGCUUACCAUCAUUAUCGCGUACAACACGAACAGUUAGUUCAACAUCAACAUCAAGCGAAGCUAAUGGAACAGAUACAAUAUUGGUAUUAACCAAUAAUGAUCCAAAAUUAGAUAUUUACCCUGAAAACGAUGAUUAUCAAACAAUUACCAAUAUCCGACAUUCACCAUUAUCUUCACCCACAUUAUCUCUUACCAAUCAUUUGAAUAAUUUAUCCUCACGAUCAUCAACACUACUCUCAACAACAACAGUUGUUCAACAAACACAAUCUCAAUUAGUUCCGUUAGGAUUACAGUCAGUGGUAGAAUCAAAAGAGACUAUAUUUUUAACAGUAUUAGCAUUUGCAUUACGUUAUUCUUUAAGCGCAAUAUUUUGGGAUAGAAGUCUUCGUUGGUACGAAUAUUUACUUGACUCGCCAGCAUCAACAGUCACACAACAAGCCCUACAAUUGAGUAUUCUUCAUUCACCACUAACAAUUGUAAUAAUGUUUUUAUGGCGUUAUUUAUGUGCAUUAAGUAUUCAAGAUUAUUUAUUAUUUGCGAUAUUUAUUAAUAGAACUUGGGAAUUUUUAAUAAAAACGAAUCAAAUAGGAUGGUUUGCAAUAAUACUCACAAUUAUUUUUACCGAAUUACAUAUCAAUGAGGUAUAUCCGUUGCAUUCUUAA